GUAAUUCUUUGUACUUCGUUCUCAGGAGGUGAGGAGGGGGACCGGCAACUGGUCUGAUGGUGCCCAUGCUGCUGCUGCCUUUGGCCUGGGAACAGGUCUCUUCUGCCACCUUUGCGAGUUUGGGGAAAUUUGCUGUGAAGGCAGCCCUGCCUCUGAUCUGAAAUAAAUAUUUGGGCCAACACACGCGCUUAUCGGGAUUUUCGCAAUGUGCCACCGCGGCCUCCGGCAUUCCUGCCUGUGCUUGAUUUGGGGCUGGGGAGAGAGAAAACAAGAUCAUGUGGCAAUCUUUUCACCGCUUGCAGAGGACUGGAUUUCGGGAGCAGGCAACCUUGCUUUGAAUCAAAAUUGUCUGGAACUUCACCUCACCCUUUUAGCCUUGAAGGGAAAAACGAGCUGGCUUUUCUGGAAGAAUUAAGUGUAUUUGGAAGGGCAUCCCAGUUGCUGGAGUUCAUUUUGCCAACGCUUGUUUGAAACACAUCAGAGAUUAGUUGGCGAUCUGGAAUUUUCUUGCACGUUGACUGGAUUUACACAAGGGUCUUUUGGAGUUGGGAGAAGGUUUGAAUCAAACCUCAGUAUUUAACAAAGUCUGGAGGAGUGGAGAAAACUUGCAAAAUAUAAAGAUAUCUCUGGUAAAUAUUGUUUGUUCUCAGGAAGAAAAACUGCCUGCUGGAUAUUUUUAAAGGGACUUCUGGAUUGACACUUUUUUAUUUUGGAUCUAAAAGGAAAAGUUUGUUGGCCGAGGUGAAUCCGUGAACUGUUCCUAAUCUGGGCCUUUUCACUGCCAAGAGGAAACUUUAGAUUUCUUUCUCUCCUUUUUUUUUCUUGUUUGGAUUUCAUGACAUUGCAAAAUCUGUGGCUGUUCUCCACUUUUUAAAAAACAGCUUUGGAAAGAAACACUAAAUGUCUUUGGGCUGCCUUUCCACUUUCUGCUCGCUUUGUGGAUGUCUGUUCCAACUUGUUGUGUUCUUGUUCUUCCCUCAAUCCAUUCAGCCUGGAAGCAGUUGGACUUACUGAGAUAACUUUUCUAGGCUAAUUUUGCUGACCCAGAGAUUUGGAAAACCUCACAAAAACUGAUGGGGAAAUAAUAAUAGGGAAUUGCAAAUUGCAGCUGGCCGAACUUCUGAGGAACCACAUUCUUUGCAGCCAAAGUAUAGGAACCCCUUACUGUAUUUGGAGAUUUAUUUUUUUUUUCACUUUGCAUUGGAAUAUUCACUGGGAACCACCUUGCCAACGUUGUCCAAGAAAACUUCAGAAAGUUAUAGCUUCUUUUAUGUUUAUGGUUUGUUUGCUUGUUUAAGAUAAAGACAAAUCUAUUUUAAAUUUCUCAGGAUUUUUUUUUUCCUUCCUCCGGGCACAACGUACAGAGCUGAGGACAAGAAUGCCUCUAAAGACUGGGAUUGUUUUUUCAAGAGUCUUAAUAUAUUAAGGUGUCGUUUUGGGGCUGCUCAGGACUUUUUGCUCCUUUGUUGAUGUUGGAGGCCAAACAUGUCUGUAAGUGCCCAGCUGUGCCGCGCUCUGUACGAUAACAUAGCCGAGUGUCCAGACGAACUCUCGUUCCACAAGGGAGACCUGAUGGUCCUCCUCCAGCCUGAAGGGACAGGCCUGGAAGGUUGGCACUUGUGUUCGCUGCAUGGCCAGCAAGGCAUCGUGCCCGCCAACAGGGUCAGGGUCCUCCCCGAGUCGGGGUCCCCCGGGCCGGCCACUCACCCGAAUCACACCCCAGCCGAUGUCUACCAGGUGCCGAAGAAGGAGGGUCUUCUGGUCGGAAGGAUCUCUGAUGGGUCCACGGAUGAGUGGAGAAGAAGAGAUCAGAGGAAAGAAGAACAGGAGGUGUAUGAGGUACCACCACCUGCACGGCCCUGCCCGCUGCCCCCAGAGGGGAUCUACAGGGUGCCUCGGGGUACCAGAAGAGAAGAAGAUACCACAGAGGUUUACGAUGUGCCCUCGUCCUUGCUCCGAGAUGCGCACUCAGACACUUACGAUUCGCCUGCCCCGCGUGCCAAGAAAGUGGCCCGGGUGGCCCCCCAGCCCACAGCCCCCCCGAAUUUGGACGAGGCCUAUGACGUGCCGCUUGCCUUCAAGAAGCCCCUGGUACAAGAGGAGGAGGAAGGGAGCCGCGAAGGGCCACUGAUCUAUGCCAUCCCAUCCAAUUUACGCCGUGCUUCUGCCUUGCUUAACUUGUACGAGUCUCCCGAGGAUGUCCGGGCAGAAGGAAGGGAGGAGGAAGAGGAGGACGGAGGCAUUUAUGAUGUUCCUCUGCUGACACCCAGCACCCCGCCCCUGGAGGGGGCCCUCCAAGGCCUCAGCCUGAGGGACCCAGGGCCCCCCACCCGCCCCCGGCUGCCUUCCGCAGAGAGCCUGUCCCGUCGACCGCUGCCCGCUCUUCCUAGCGAGGAACGUCUCUCGGGGGAGCUGCCCCCUCCGUCGCCCAGCAUCGUCCGGAAAGGCAGCAUCCAGGACCGCCCACUGCCUCCCCCUCCGCCCCGACUGGGGGGUCUCGGGGCAGGAGAGCCGCUGGACCAAGGCAGGGAUGAUGUCCAGAACGAAUACGAGGGGAUCCGUCUGGCCGACGAGUACGAUUAUGUUCAUCUGAAGGGGGCCGAUAAAAUCCAGCCAAAGGCAACAACACCCGAAGCGAGCCCCACGCUCCCACUCCCAGGAGACCCAACUCAGACCGAAGAAAUGGUGCCACCAUCCCCGGAGGACAGCCAGCUUUUGCAGUUCUACACGGGGCAGUGCCAGACACAUUACUGCACCCUCCUCUCUGCCAUCGAGGCCCUUCUGGCCAGCGCCGGUGCCCACCAGCCGCCCCGCGUCUUUGUGCCCCACGGCAAAUUUGUCAUUGUCACGGCGCACAAGCUGGUCUUCGUGGGCGACACGGUCUCCCGCCUGGCAUCCUCGGCGGCAGUGCGGGCGAGGGUGGGGGCUGCCAGCAGCGCCCUGUGCCAAGCCCUGAAGGAAGCCGUCCUCUCGGUCAAGAGCGCUGCCCUGCGUUACCCUUCACUUCCCGCUGCCCAGGAGAUGCAGGGCUGCGUGGCCGAGCUGUCCCGCCAAGCCCUGGCCUUCACCACCUUGCUGGGCGCCCUGGCACCCUCCUGAUCCAGGAGUCGGGGACAGCCACGACUCCGCCCUGUCAGGAGGCGGACCUCUUUCUGCACAGGGUGCCCGAGGACGUUGGCGGGGUGCAUCCUGGCCAGCGCCUGUCCUGAGGUUGGAACAAAAGUUCAGCUUGAGCUCGGUUCCUACAUCGGUCAAGACCAGACCUGCUCUGGGGUCAUCGGCAGCCAAUGCCCGUGCCCAAAAGCAACCAUCCUUGAGCUCUGCUCUCUGCUUCAAGUCCUUCCGCACCUCGAACUUCCAUGCAAGCACCUAAUUUUUGCCUCCUUUGUUAUAGCCUGCAAUCUUUGACUUUUCUAGCCAAAGAACGCCCCUGACCUUUGCCCUCUCACCCUCGGGGCCUCCGUCGCAGCACCUUCAGCACGGACUCCGUAUCCAGGAUGGGAGGGGGACCCCGUAGCCCGGGUACGUGAACUGACUGGGUGGGGCCGGGGGGCCUUCACUGCUUCUAUAUGCACCCCCCCCGGCAGAAAUGAGGGGCCCAGCUCUCCCCAGCCACCCCCAGAGCCUUAACAGGAAAGGAGGAAGAAGAAAAGUGCUGGGAAAUUGGGGCUCCCCUCCCCGGCCCCCCAGUAGUCUGCAAUAAAAGCUGUUGCGUCAAAGGCUGGAAGGAGAAACAAGAUUAAAGUCUGUGAGCCGGGCGGCGAAGUAAUUAGAAGAUAAAACUCCAGAAAGACUUUCGCCACAAGCAUGAGGGGGUCUUUUCGAAACUGCAGGAGUAGCAGACUCCAGACCAGCUUCUCCAUAAGGGAGACACAACUUGGAACAAAUUUCGAAAGCUAUUCAGCUUGAUCGGCUUGUCCAGCAACGUCUGUUCCUUCCCUCCCCGUGAAAGUCAUCCUCAUUUUGGAGAAUAACCAGCCCAGUGUCGCAUUUAUCCACCACCACCCCCCGGCCCUUCCUCACCAAGGAAGUAAACGGGGCCGAAGUAUCUUUCUCAGGAAAUAUUUGCCACAAUCUCUCUAGGUUUGAUGAUAAUAAAAUAGGUGGAAAAAAGGCUGUGUGUUAAAAGGUAACAUUUUAAAGUUCUGGUGCGUUCCUUCCUUCUCUAUCCGGAUGUCCUCUCAGCACUGUUCUUGUAAAGCUUUUGGCUUUAUUUUUAAUGAUUGGAA